AGAAAUAAUACCGUUAAAUAACAUUUGCCCUUUGUAAUGACCGAGAGCUUUCCAUGGAUGGUAUCUCAACACACGUGGUCGGCGAAUCACAUGACUGUCGCUUAGUGUUUGCAGAGUUUGUAAUUUUUCUUAUCGGGUUCUACUCCGGACUGAGGGGGAAUUCUUUCCAGUCGCCUCAACAUCAACCCAGUCGGUCUCACGUUUUCCCAGGCUCUUACGGAGUUUGUCACCAUGGCUCCUGCUCCGAUCGCAUCCCCCUCCGACGAUAUCGCGACCGUUCUACAACUGGUCACGCCCCCCCAGAUCACCCCGCAUCGCUCUCACGACCCCUCCAACAAUCAAAAGCGGAGUGAUCCCUUCCAGUUCGGCUCCCGCUAUCUCGAAGAAGGAGACGAUGUGUUCGAGUUCAACGCCUGGGAUCAUGUAGAGCCCGACGAUGAGUUCAAAGCCUUCGCAGAGGUACAAUACUCGAAGCAACGCGAAACCCCCGUUUCCGAUUUCGACAGAAACCGUUUCAACGCCGACCCGGCCAAAUGGUGGAACCUCUUCUACAAGAACAACACCGCCAACUUUUUCAAGAACCGGAAGUGGCUCCGCCAAGAGUUCCCAGUCCUUGCGGAAGUAAGCCAGGCCAACGCAGGCAAACAGGUCGUCCUGGAGGUUGGUGCCGGUGCCGGAAACACCGCCUUUCCAUUGCUGGAAAACAAUGAGAACGAGGAGCUCAUGGUUCAUGCCUGCGAUUUUUCAAAGACCGCUGUCAAGGUCAUGCGCGAGAGCCCGCAUUACAACCCGAAGCAUAUCACAGCUGAUGUGUGGGAUGUCACGGCGAAGCCGGAUGAGGAGAGUAAUGGGCUUCCCCCGGGUCUCACUGAGGGGUCGGUCAAUGUCGUCGUUCUGAUCUUCAUUUUCUCUGCAUUGGCACCAGAGCAGUGGGAUCAAGCUCUCCGCAAUGUGUACCGCGUGUUGAAGCCGGGCGGACACGUCCUGUUCCGCGAUUACGGUCGGGGCGACUUGGCACAGGUUCGGUUCAAGAAGAACCGUUAUAUGGGCGAGAACUUCUACGUUCGUGGUGAUGGAACACGGGUGUACUUCUUUGAUCGCGAUGAACUGGAGAACAUGUGGAGUCAAUGGACUCCGGAGAAGGGUCUGCCCACGGCCAGUGCGACAGCAGAGGAGGCUAAGGGCACGGAUGAGCAGCAAGCUACCGAUAGCAAGGGUGUCUUUGGGGUUGAUAAGCUGGGAGUUGAUUAUCGGCUGAUCGUCAACCGUCAGCGCAAGCUCAAGAUGUACCGCUGCUGGAUUCAAGGACAUUUUACCAAGCGUGGGGAAACUGCCACAGUUGAUGUCGCGAAGAGCGAAUCGUGAUGUUCCCGCUCGCAUUUCCGUCACAGCCUAGUCCAUGAUCUUGAAACCUAGGAAAUCAUGGACGUGCAAGGCGAAAAUCACAGGGCAGCAACUGUUUCUGGACACACAGGCAGAGAGCCGGCUCUCCUUUCCAUUCGACAUGUCGAACAGAAGAGGUUCCUGGGACUUCUGACAAAUUCGAGCAUUGAAUGUAACCUCACAAGAUCACAGUGGAAAGGCCGAGGCUUCCGUCAGUUGGUCACGCCAAGCAAUGCUGUCGCGGCAUUCAGCGAUAGUCCAGACUUUUUCGACGGAUGGUGUGGCUGUUAUUCAACGAAAGCACUCUUGCACUGACAUAGAACACAUAAACGACUUCCUGGUCCUACAUUGAGGAUCUGAUGAUACCCACGACGAUAGGAUAGAGUCUAGACUAGAAUUUAUUGGAAUCGCAUUUUCAGGGAAAUUUUACAUGAUUCAAUCACCAGGUCAAGAUCCAGCCAUGU